AUGGAGGGCUUUGAAGAACCAGACCUGAUUGCAGAAGCACAAAGAAAGGCAGAUCAAAUUUUGAGGGAAGCGCAGUUGAAGGCAGAACAGAUUUUGAAGCAGGCUGCAGAGAAGGCUUCUGCUCCAGUGGUUCAAAGAAAGCUUUCAGACCAGUUCAAGACACCAGAUAGACCAACAUCAAACUUCAAGAGUCCAGCUUCCAGCAGAGAAAGUCUUGAAGAGAGCCAGGGUUCCAAUUCCAGUGGCAGAUCCCCUUUGUCACAAUUUGGUUUGGAGAAGUUUUUUGGCAGUCCAAAAGAGCAGGCAGAAGCAAGACCUGUUUUGGAGAGAAAGAUUUUAGGGAAAGAAAGAAAGAGAUCCAUUAGAGAGGUUGAGCUUGCUGAGUUGAAGCAGCAAUAUGUCAAGAGAUUGAAGGCAGUGGAGGAUUUAGAGGCAGAGAAGGCUGUUGAGACAGGAAAACCUGGAGGUAGACCACAGGUUGAAGAGUACAGCGCUGCUGGAUUGAAGAGUAACAGGAGAAGAGCUGGGAUGCCUUCAAGGAGAAAGGAGUUCUCAGUUGUAGAGAAAGUCAAGAUUGCAGAGGACUUGGAGAAUAUGCAAAAGGAAUCUUCCAACAGCAGAGAGCUCUUCAAGAAAGGCAGGUCCAGAUAUGGCCUAGACACCAGGACCUUGAAGCACCUCAUGUCCAAAAAGAAAGAUUUUGAAGGUCAAAGGUCAAAGUUGACGACGAAGAGAGGCAGAGUUGUAGGGUCAAGGUUUGUCAGGGCACAGGGCGCAGGCAGAAAGUUGGAGUUUCAGAAGGAGAUUGACAAGGUCAAAGAAAUGGUUUCGAAGGAGAGGUCCAAUGGAGUUGUGCUUGCAAAGGGUGACCUUCUGGAUCAGUUUGUAGCGCAACUGAUUUCUUCAGCCCAAGAAUGUUUGAAGCAAGCAGAGCUUUCAAAGAGUGAGGGCCAGAAGAAGUCUUGGAACCUUGAAGCCAAGGCCUGCUUUGCCAGAAGGGACAAGCUUCUAGCCAGCAAGAAGUACAGGCAGUCUUUCUCCAGCAGGCUUUUAGACUGUGGUGCAAAGGAAGUUGUGGUAAGCCCUUUGAGUGCACUUGAAGAGAAAACGCGUGUUCAGUUGUCUUGGCAAGCCAUUGACAGAAUGGUGUGGCUUGCAGGUGCAUCCCCUGAGGCAGACCUCUUGAAGUCUGAUCUCUUUGCAGAGCCCAAGGAUGUGUUGAAGCCUGGAGUUAGGGAAUUGCUGACCAUUGGCUUUUCAGACCAGGUCCCACUUUGGGCCAAAGCUGAGAGUUCAAAGAUGGUGGCUUCUAGCGAAGAACUGUCAGGCAUCACAGUUGCAGACAGGAAGCAGUUUGAUCUGUUCAGGAAAGACCUGCUUCAAGCUGUUGAUUUCUUCAAGCCAGAAGAUGCUUCCAGCCAGGUGGUGACCUUGGAAGGCACAGAAAAGUUUGCAGGUGGCAGGAGGAUUGCAGAAAGUUUGACUGCCAAGGGGGUUGCAGAGAAGUCCAAGUUUAGAAUCACUUACGAG